CUCGGUGCCUGACUCCACAGACAUGUUAACCCGGCUGCUUUAAUCCGUUCCUCACGGGGACUACCAUGUCCCAAAAGAGGGAAGUGAACUCUUGCCCGGACGGGUACAGGGUCUUGAGCACAAGCGAACUACAAGAGCUUCUUCAAGAUGAAGCAAAAAUGGACCAAAUUGUUCAUCUCAGCGAGAAGUUUCAGGAGCUGCAGGUGGACAGGGAAACCUUCCUAGCAAGCAACCGAAGCCUGGCGGAGGAAAGCCUCGCACGACGUCCCCGGCUAGAGAACGGUAAACUUCAAUUGGCUGCUAAGUACAAGGAGCUUGGAAAGCUAGCCACGUCCUGCAGGGAGAAGCAAAGUAGGCUCGAGGCGUACAUGGAGAAGCACAGCGCACAGACGGCUCAGAGUCUCCUUCAGGAAGAAGUCGGACGUGUCGAGGACCAGUCUGAGGAGCUUCUGAAGAGCUUCAUGGAGGGCCGAGUUCCCCUGGAAAACUUUCUGGAGUCCUUCCAGAGCUACAGGAAGGCGUACCACGUCCGCCGCGCGCAGGCCGAGAAGAUCCAGGAACUGAAGCGACCCGAGAGGAAGCAGACGGAGCGCCCCGAGGCGGAGGACGGACAGAGAGGGAAGGACACGGGGGCGACGGAGCACCGGCCCAACGGCGUUUCCGCCCACGGGCCUCCUCGCGUCUUCCAGCUGCGCUACGGGCUCACGCCGGCCAUCCUGGUGCCCCUGUGUAAGAGCUCGGCCCCGGGCGGCGGCGGAUCGUCUUCGGCGGACUCGUGUUCGGGACAGCGUCAGGCUCCGGGGCGCGGUGCUGCUCAUGCUUGCCCCGGGCAGCCUGUAGGCCUCAGGGUGAUUGGACAGUUACCAGGCUGGCCGGUCAGACCGGUGCGCUUACAGCAGCUCUACAGGCCGCAUCAGAACGAGCCUCCGUAUCGAUAACGCCGCGCACCUUCCGGCGCAGAUCUUCAGUGUGUGUAAGAAUGUCAGCGGCCAGAAAAAAGGGAGACGGAAAAUUGAUGGAAAGCCAUAAAAUGUUUGGUCUUGGUGGACGAGCCGGUCGACGGCAGCUCCGCGGCGUCUGUGCCGCCGUCGUCGUCGCUUCUUGUUUUGUUUUUCUUUUCUUUGUGUCUCUUUUGUCUGGAUGCUGAUGCUGCUUUUGUGAGGGAGCAGGAAUCGUUAAGAUGCGGCUUUCAGACUUGAACGACUCGUUUUUUUUGUUGUAUUUUAAACCGGCCGGUGAUAAUUGAAGAACCUCGGUGCUCUCACCAUGUUGCUUUGUUGUUAUGGUGAUGAUCAAUAAAGUCCUAUUGUUUGCUUUAUUAUAAGCCGAUAUCGGACCGGACGAGGAUUGGAAUUGAUUUUGUGUGUCCGGGCGCGCUGCGGGGAGGAUUUAGGAUUAUAAAAGUGCCGAACAAGAACCCCGCCCACCCUGAAUGACGCUUCCUCCGUUGAAUUCUGUUCUGUGGACGGACGGCGUUUCAAUAUUUAUUGAGUGAGAUACAUUCGCGGCGAGAAUGUUAUUUUUUAUGUACGUCCAGCUAUUGUCUCCAGAUGUCGCGGUGUCUGUUCAUACUGGUGCUACAGACACGUGGUUCUGUUCCACUGGUUCAGACGCUAUUUUAUUAGCCAAAGUUGAGCGGCUUUCCAAAUAAAUUGGGACGAGUCUUGUUAUUUAUGGAAAUUUGGAAAUUUCCGUUGGAACGGAGCGCCUGGUGUUUACUUCUGACUGCUGCUGUGACUAAUGAGACUGGAUUCGUUUUCAGAUGCAAAAUAUUUUCGUUCUUGUGUGCAAAUAAAAUCUUUCGUAUGAAUAUG